AUGCCACCUUUCGUCCCUCGCAAGCGCUCCCACUCCGAGGACCCGCCCCCGCCCAAACGUCAGGCCCUUGAUGUCUCCGCCAAGCCCUUCUCUAUCGAUGAAUCCGACUCGGAUUCCUCUGAGAGCUCCUUGAGCGACACACCCGCCGAUAACACCCAUGGGUCGCGUAUCCCUGUAUCAGAUGACGACGAAGAUGAGGAGGAAGAUGAAGAUAUCGAUUGGGAAGACGCGAUCGACCCCAAGACAAGCGCGACUACCCCAAGCCUCGCUGGCCCCGAGCUCCAGGAUCUAGAAUUGACCCUCGAUAAGAAUGAGGCCCACGUCUCGGAUUUACUCGACGGCAAGAAGGGACCAACCAAGAUUGAACGUCAUAUUCGGAUUCAGUCCCACUGCAUCCAUGUUCAAUGUCUACUCUACCACAAUGCCAUUCGCAAUGCCUGGAUCAACGAUGCCAAAGUUCAUGAGACAUUACGUCAUAAGCUGCCGGGCGGGAUUCACAAAGAAGUUAAGAAAUGGCGAAUCGCAACCGGGUUGGAUAUCCCCGAACGAAAGCCCGACCCGCCCAAAUCUAAGAAAAAGAAAGGAAAGCAGGCCAAGAAGAAGGAAGAAUGGGGCCCGGAAGCAGAGCGACUGGAACCCGGCCAGCCAGAUAUGAGUCGCGGAGAUCCGAUCAUCACCCUGCUCAAGGUCCUGGUGGCCUGCUGGAAGAAUCAGUUUCAGAUUACGGCCCCGGGUCUCAGAAAGCAUGGAUAUCGCCCCGUGGCCUCCCUCGAGGAGAUCAUUACUGACUUCAGGAAAGAGGAACACGACCCAGAGCGCCAUGGGGAGCGCAUUGCCAACAUCGAUGAAUUUCGAGCUGUCGCCGAAAACAUGCAGGGCUCCCGCGAUGUUGGGGCCCAGCUCUUCACAGCUUUGAUCAGGGCGCUGGGAAUCGAGGCCCGACUCGUGUCGAAUCUACAACCGCUAGGAUUUGGCUGGACAAAGGCGGAAGUUUACACACCACCCAAGACAGAUGCAGUUCCCACGAACACCAACCCUGAGAACGGCCCUGGGGAGUCCGAAUCAACGCCUGAUGUGGAGGAAGAUCCGCCUAAAGCGAAGAAAGGUAGUGCUCAAUAUGACAAGGAUCUCCCUUUCCCAAUCUACUGGACGGAAGUCGUUUCUCCUGCCACGAACGAAAUCAUUUCUGUGGACUCUUUGGUGUUGCCGAAGCCCCUGGGACUAAGCGCCGACCAACAAGAAGCCUUCGAGCCACGUGGUGCCAAAGCUGAUCGUGCUAAGCAAGUAAUUUGCUACGUGAUUGCACACUCGGCGGAUGGAACCGCCAAAGAUGUCACCACUCGAUAUCUUCGACGGCGGACAUGGCCCGGAAAAACUAAAGGGUUUAGAUUCCCAGUGCAGAAACUACCAAUACCAGGCCUCCGAGGUCAAUACUUUGAAUACGAUUGGUUCCGGAACGUCAUGCGUGGGUACAUAAGACGUCCAGACAAACGAACCAAGGUGGAUGAACAGGAGGACGAAACAGAUCUCAAACGGAAACAACCAGAGAAGAAGAAAACCACACAAGCAGGAGAUACCCUCCAGAGUCUUCGAACAUCCACCGACUUUGUGCUUGAACGUUUUCUACGACGUGAAGAAGCGCUCAAGCCUGGCGCAGAGUCUGUUCGCACAUUUACGGCCGGCAAAGGAGCCCGUGCUAAAGAGGAACAGGUUUACAAAAGAGCCGAUGUGGUUAAAUGCAUGUCUGCAGAAAGUUGGCACAAGGAAGGACGACAGAUCCAACCCGGGGCCGCACCCUUGAAGAAAGUACCUAUCCGAGCAGUGACUCUCAUGCGCAAGCGCGAGGUCGAUGAGAUGCAGCGUGAAACGGGCCAGAAACCGAUGCAGGGUCUUUACGCGCGCGAUCAAACCGAGUACAUCAUACCACCACCUAUUGUUGAUGGCAAGAUCCCCAAGAACAACUACGGCAAUAUCGACUGUUUCGUGCCAAGUAUGAUACCCCGUGGCGCAGCCCACGUUCCCUAUUCGGGCACUGUUCGACUGUGCAAGAAACUUGGAAUCGAUUACGCAGAAGCAGUUACUGGGUUUGAAUUUGGUUCUAAGAUGGCGGUCCCUGUUAUCCAAGGCGUUGUCGUGGCAGCCGAGAACGAAGACUUGCUCAAAGACGCCUGGCGUAUUGACGCAGCUGAGAAACGCAAAAGGGAAGAGCUCAAGGCCGAAAAGCGGAUAUUGCAGACCUGGCGCAAGUUCUUAUUUGGCUUGCGCAUUGCGGAACGUGUUCGGGAGGAAUAUGGUGGUGGAGAUCCUUUUGCGGACCGUGAGCGAGAGGCACAGAAUCCAUUUGCAUUGCGAAAGAAGCACAAUGAACAACACGAGCCUGAUGAGAAACAUGAUGAUGAUCAUUUUGAAGAGGACUCCCAUGAUCCUGUUGAUCAUGGUGGUGGGUUCCUCCUACCCGGCGAAGACGAUGGCGACGACCACUUGAUUGUUGAGGAACACAAGCAGGAAGAUCGUAUUGCUGAAGAUGAUUCCGAUGAUGGAGAACUAUCACCGCCAAUUUCCAUAUCAUCGGAGCCGGAUGAGGACCAGGAGGCGAGCGUUAAGGAUGAUCCCGAGUCUGAUUAUGCCCCUCCAGCGCGCAGUGGCGUACGACGUCGUCGACGUGGUGGAUAG